UUGAAUCCUCUACGCGCGGGAUGCCACAUCGAGUUACCGCGGAAAGUUACGUUAAAAAGGGCAGUGGUCAACGUGAAAUCAAACGAUAAUGCGUGCUUUGCGUGGGCAGUAGUAGCAGCUUUACAUCCAGCGGAAAAGUACCCGGAAAGAGUAUCGCAGUACCCGCACUAUUCAACGGUGCUGAAUCUGUGCGACAUCGAGUUCCCCAUGACGCUGCCACAAAUAUCAAAGUUUGAGAAAAUGAACGCCAUCUCCGUCAACGUCUUUACCACCGAAGACUCCAAAAUCGUCCCUCUGCGGCUCACCGACGACAAAAAGGAGAAGCACGUCAACCUGCUAUACGUGUGUAAAAACAACGAUGCACACUUUGCGUGCAUAAAGAACCUGCCGCGGUUGGUGAGCUCACAACUGAGCAUGCACAAAUGUAAAAAGUACAUUUGCGAUCGGUGUUUACACUACUUUUAUAUACAGGAGAAAUUAUCGGCGCACAGCAUCGACUGCGGGAAAAUGAACGACUGCGCCGUCGUUCUCCCCAGCGAGGACGACAAGUGGCUGACGUUCCGCAAUUACAACCGGAAGGAGCGGCUCCCGUUUGUAGUGUACGCCGAUCUCGAAUGUACGCUCGAGAAGAAGGAUGGACAAGACGGCACCACAUACGUCUAUCAGCAUCACAAUGUGUUUAGCGUAGGAUAUUAUGAUUGCACAGCGUGGUUCGUCAAUGAACUGCACGAUUUGGCGCACCGCGUGAAAGCGAUCCGCACCACCAUCGUCCCCAUGGCGGAUCUUACGCCGGAGGAAUCGGAAAAAUUCCGUAGCACCGCGACGUGUCACGUGUGCGAGAAACCGUUUACACCGGACGAUACGCGGGUGCGCGAUCAUUGUCAUCUUACCGGGCGUUAUCGAGGUCACGCGCACUCGUCGUGCAAUUUAAAUUACAAAGACUCCCACGUUAUCCCGAUGAGUAUACCCUCCCCGUUAACCCUCAUGAUAUUUCACAAUUUAUCCGGUUACGACGCGCAUUUCAUCAUCAAAGAUGUUGCCAAUGCUUUCGAAGGCAACAUUGAUUUACUGCCGCUGACGAAAGAACGUUACAUUUCAUUCACUAAAAACGUUAAAGAUACGGAGGAUGAAAAUUCCAAAAUUUGCGUGAAAUUACGAUUUAUCGAUUCGUUUAGAUUUCUCAGUACAAGUCUUGAAAAAUUAGCAUCUUAUCUGACAACGGACGAAUUAAAAAUUACACGAUCGGAAUUUAGCCAUUUAUCCGCGGAACAUUUCAAUCUGCUUACUCGGAAAGGUGUGUUUCCCUACGAGUACGUCGACAGCGUCGACAAGCUCCGGGACACAAGCCUACCAUCGCGCGUAUCGUUUUACAGCUCGCUCACCGGAGAAACAGUAUCCGAGAGCGAUUACGCGCACGCGACAAACGUCUGGCAAACCUUUUCGAUCGAAGAUCUAGGUCAAUACAGCGAUUUGUAUUUGAAAACAGACGUUCUUUUGUUGGCGGAUAUUUUCGAAAAUUUCCGAAACACGUGUAUAAAGAGUUACGGUUUAGAUCCCGCUCAGUAUUACACAUUACCGGGGUACACGUGGGACGCUAUGUUGAAGUACACGGGCAUCAAGUUCGAGUUGCUCACAGACAUCGAUAUGGUGCUGUUUGUCGAGCGCG